GAAACCAUAUGCAUUCAUUCUUGGAUAUCCAACACAACAAUGGAGGUUUCAAUAGAUGAGAUGAAGAAGAGCACCAAACCCCAUAUCGAGCUCGUAAUCGACGUUAAUUCAUCGACCGAACCGCAACAACCAACAACAAAAACAUCACAUUUUUGUUAUUCUUUAAAGAUCAUUAAAGGGUCAUUCAUUUCCAUUCUAGCUAGGUUUCAUGCUGGAUACUUUAGAAUAAGCUUAUCUCUGUGCAGUCAAGCUUUGCUAUGGAAAAUUCUCGGAGACGGAUCGAUCGAUCAUGCGCAUGCUUUUCGACGAGUGUUUCAAUUUUUUCCAUCUACAGCUUUUAUCCUUCUUUGGUCAAUGGCAUUAUUUACAGUUGCUUCACUCUCGUUUCUUUAUAUUCUUAGAUGUUUUGUUCACUUUCAAAUGGUGAAAACUGAGUUCAUGCAUCAUGUAGGGGUUAAUUACCUAUUUGCUCCCUCAAUUUCAUGGCUUCUUUUGCUUCAGUCCUCACCUUUUUUCACUCCAAAAUCUACGUACUAUCUUGCUCUCUGGUGGGUUUUUGUUGUCCCGAUCUUGAUUCUUGAUGUUAAAAUAUACGGCCAAUGGUUUACGAAAGGGAAGAGAUCGUUAUCGACGGCUGCAAACCCGACGAGUCAGUUGUCGGUGAUCGGAAACUUGGUCGGAGCUCAAGCCGCAGCACAAAUGGGGUGGAAUGAGAGUUCUUUAUGCUUGUUUUCGUUGGGUAUGGCACAUUAUUUAGUGCUGUUUGUGACAUUAUAUCAAAGAUUGUCCGGUGGAAAUUGUCUGCCGACAAUGUUACGGCCAGUUUUCUUCUUGUUUAUUGCUGCUCCGAGCAUGGCUAGUCUGGCUUGGAAUUCAAUCUCCGGAAGUUUUGAUAAUUUCGCAAAGAUGCUCUUUUUUCUCUCCAUUUUCCUGUUUUUAUCACUGGUAUCGAGGCCACGACUAUUCAAGAAAUCGACAAGAAAAUUCAACGUAGCAUGGUGGGCAUAUUCAUUCCCUUUGACAGUAUUGGCAUUAGCUUCAGCUGAUUAUGCUCAGCAAGUUAAAGGAGGUGCAGCUCAUGGAGUUAUGCUCAUUUUAUCUCUACUAUCAGUUCUUGUCUCGCUCGGUUUGAUCGCCUUCACCGCCUUCAAUACUAACGUUCUGUUUCCGCCCACUGAUCCGUCUUUGAGCCCUAACACCACUCAUCUUGCAGACACAUAGUUUUCAAUCUACGUUCCGCUCUUUGGUGCAACUGAUACCUGAUAGCUGAUAGAUGAUCACCGUCAUCGGGAUGUAGAUUUUUUUUAUAAAGUUCUAAAUUAGAAAUGCAGCACUAGUAGCACCCAAUUAAAGAAAAAAUGUUACACAUAAUUUUCAACUGUAAAUAGAACUGAUGUACCAUUUGCUUUAUAAUUCAAG